AUUUAAUCCUCAUUGAUUGUAGGAGUUACUCAGGAUGUUUUUGUUGAGAUAAUGACAUUUGUUUUUCCAGAUAAAAUGAAAUAAAACCGUAUGUAGUGUGGUGGAAAAAAAAGGAUCUGAUCCCGAUGAGAGAGUCAAUGUCAAAUUUUCUGAAAGAGGACUCUGGUUUUACAGGGGUUGGGGCUGCCCUUUUGUACCAGGAAACAAGAUGUUGAUUCCUUAUACAGGCAUUAAUGUAAGAUAAGAUCGUCUUAUCUUAAAAGGGUAAAAAAAGUAAAAAAAAAAAUAUAAUUACAAAAUAUAAACAGAAUAUACAUUGGAAUGAAAAAUAAAAAUAAGUGCAGUAAGGGAAAGAAAGGAAAAACAGUACAAAAAGCAGGUAGGAUGUGUAUGAGGUAGACAGAUAUUGCACAUGUUUUGAAUAUAAAGUGGGUCCCAGCAGGUGAGGAGGGAGACAAAUACAUUUUCUCAGCUGAGGGGGGAAUUAAAUUAAGGAGUGUUUCCUUGAUCAAGGUCCACACCAGACCUUUUUCAGACACUCGGUGUGGUUCUCUGUGGGAAUGUGUUUUGGUCUUUUAAGAAAGAACAACAGUUACUUGUAACCUUGGACAUAGAUUACUGUACAUGGAUAAAGAAAAUAAAAAUACAAGAUGAAUAAAACAAUUAAAGUAACACAUUACUAAAGUUAAAACGAAUAAAAUCACACCUCACUAUAGCUGAAUAAGACGUGAAAAAUGUCCUCCAUAUUAGUUUUCUAGUUUUGCUAGUAGUUUCCAACAGUUCUGUCUUUCUUGUAUGUUGUUGUAUAUUGUUGUGUAUUGUUGUAUAUUGUCUGGUCGUGUUAAAGGAGUUUUCGCUCCACCCCCCACUACUCCGCCUCUAACACUCACUCCUGAACUUUGUCUUUUGACUCAAACAGGUGAAGGUAAGAACUCGUUCUCACUUCUGAUUUACCUGCAAAAUUUGAUCAUUCUUGUUUCUGAAGACAAAUCUACAUGAUUGUUAAUGACAACAUUUUUAUUUUAUUAUUGAUCAGAAACGCGAGAGGAUCAAACCAGUGCAGGAUCAGCUGAUCUCUGUCCAACACCAGUGGUGUGUGUUUCCUCUGCAGAUGAAGGUGUGUGUGUGAGCUGAUGUGGACGUGAAUUCAGCAGAAUGGACCAGUGUGAGGACAGAGAGGAGGGAGUCCCUCCCUCUAAAACCUCUCUGUGUGGGGAACAUGAGAGUCGGAGCAAAGCUCAGAGGAAUCAACCUGGACCUGGACCUGGACAUGGACCUAAACCUAUACCUAAACCUAGACUUAAACUUAAACCUGGACCUGGACCUGAAUCCGGACCCAGCUGUUUGUCCUUGAAGAGCGACCAGUCAAAGGAAUAUGUUAUUAACUUUAAAGGAGACCAACGUUCUGCUGUAAAGAGGGUCCAUCAGAAAAGAGAAUCUCUUGAACAUGAACCCAGCUGUUUGUCCUUGAAGAGCGACCACUCAAAGGAAUAUGUUAUUAACUUUAAAGGAGAGCAACAGUCGUCUUCAGAGAGGAUCCAUCAGAAAAGAGACUCUCUUGAACAUGAACCCAGCUGUUUGUCCUUCAAGAGCGACCAGUCAAAGGAAUAUGUUAUUAACUUUAAAGGAGACCAACAGUCUUCUUCAAAGAGAGUGGACCAGCAGAGCUCAGAGCCUCACAGCGGUCCGUCUGUCCAGCAGCAUCAGACACAGCUGGACUCCAUCUUUCUGCUGCUGGAGGACAACAUUGUCCUGUUUGUAAAGAACGAGCUGAAGAAGAUCCAGAGGGGUCUGAGUCCAGAUUACCCAGAAUCCCUAGAGCAUUUGUUGCAGGGUGAGGAUGAAGAGCAGAGGAGGAGCAGCAGAGAGGCGUUUGUGAAGAUCACAGUGAACUUCCUGAGGAGAAUGAAGCACGAGGAGCUGGCUGAGCAUCUGCAGAGAUGUACUUUUGCUGAAGUUUGUAAAGAGCGGCUGAAGUCUAAGCUGAAGGAGAAGUACCAGUGUGUGUCUGAGGGGAUUGUUAAAGCAGGAAACCCAACCCUUCUGAAGCAGAUCUACACAGAGCUCUACAUCACAGAGGGAGGGACUGGAGAGGUCAACAAUGAACAUGAAGUCAGACAGAUUGAAGCAGCAUCCAGAAAACCAGACAGAGCAGAAACAACCAUCAGACAGGAAGACAUCUUUAAACUCCCACCUGGAAGAGAUGAACCAAUCAGAACAGUGAUGACGAAGGGAGUGGCCGGCAUCGGGAAAACAGUCCUAACACAGAAGUUCGGUCUGGACUGGGCUGAAAGCAAAGUCAACCAGGACAUCCAGUUACUGCUUCCAUUCACCUUCAGAGAGCUGAAUGUGCUGAAAGAGAGAAAGUUCAGCUUGGUGGAACUUGUUCAUCACUUCUUCACUGAAACCAGAGGAAUGUGCAGCUUUGAAGAGUUUCAGGUCGUGUUCAUCUUUGACGGUCUGGAUGAGAGUCGACUUCCUCUGGACUUCCACAACAAUGAGGUCCUGACUGAUGUUACAGAGUCCACCUCAGUGGAUGUGCUGCUGACAAACCUCAUCAGGGGGAACCUGCUUCCUUCUGCUCGUCUCUGGAUCACCACACGACCCGCAGCAGCCAAUCAGAUCCCUCCUGAGUGUGUCUCCAUGGUAACAGAGGUCAGAGGGUUCACUAACCCACAGAAGGAGGAAUACUUCAGGAAGAGGUUCAGAGAAGAGGAGCAGACCAGCAGGAUCAUCUCCCACAUCAAGACAUCACGGAGCCUCCACAUCAUGUGCCACAUCCCAGUCUUCUGCUGGAUCACUGCUACGGUCCUGGAGAAAGUCCUGGAAUCCAGAGAGGGAGGGGGGCUGCCCAAGACCCUGACUGAGAUGUACAUCCACUUCCUGGUGGUCCAGGCCAAACUGAAGAAGGUCAAGUAUGAUGGAGGAGCUGAGACGGAUCCACACUGGAGUCCAGAGAGCAGGAAGAUGGUGGAGUCUCUGGGAAAACUGGCUUUUGAGCAGCUGCAGAAAGGAAACCUGAUCUUCUAUGAACCAGACCUGAGAGAGUGUGGCAUCGAUGUCAGAGAGGCUUCAGUGUACUCAGGAGUGUUCACCCAGAUCUUUAGAGAGGAGAGCAGCCUGUACCAGGACCAGGUCUUCUGCUUCAUCCAUCUGACUGUUCAGGAGUUUCUGGCUGCUCUUCAUGUCCAUCUGACCUUCAUGAAGUCUGGAGUCAACCUGCUGGAGGAACAAAGAAACACAGAGACUCAGCUCUAUCAGAACCUGCUGGAGGAACAAAGAAACACAGAGACUGACCUCUAUCAGAGUGCUGUGGACAAGGCCUUACAGAGUCCAAACGGACACCUGGACUUGUUCCUCCGCUUCCUCCUGGGUCUUUCACUGGAGACCAAUCAGACUCUCCUACGAGGUCUGUUGGAACCAGAACAAAGAAGUUCACAGAACAAUCCGGAAACAGUUGCAUACAUCAAGAAGGAGAUCAGUGAGGAUCUGUCUGCAGAGAAAAGCAUCAACCUGUUCCACUGUCUGAAUGAACUGAACGAUGGUUCUCUGGUGGAGGAGGUCCAACAGUCCCUGAGGUUAGGACGUCUCUCCACAGCUAAACUGUCUCCUGCUCAGUGGUCAGCUCUGGUCUUCAUCUUACUGUCAUCAGAAGAUCUGGAGGUGUUUGACCUGAAGAAAUACUCAGCUUCAGAGGAGGUUCUACGGAGGUUGCUGCCGGUGGUCAAAGCCUCCAAGAAAGUUGUGUUGAGUGGUUGUAACCUCUCAGAGGACAUCUGUGCAGAUCUGUCCUCAGUUCUCAGCUCUCAGUCCUCCAGUCUGACAGAACUGGACCUGAGUAACAACCACCUGCAGGAUUCAGGACUAAAGAAGCUGUGCCCUGGACUGGAGAGUCCACACUGUCACCUGGAGUCUCUCAGGUUGAGUGACUGUAAUCUCUCAGAGGACAUCUGUGCAGAUCUGUCCUCAGUUCUCAGCUCUCAGUCCUCCAGUCUGACAGAACUGGACCUGAGUAACAACCACCUGCAGGAUUCAGGACUAAAGAAGCUGUGCCCUGGACUGGAGAGUCCACACUGUCACCUGGAGUCUCUCAGGCUGUCAGGCUGUCUGAUCUCAGAGGAAGGCUGUGUUUCUCUGGUCUCAGCUCUGAGCUCCAACCCCUCCCAUCUGAGAGAGCUGGACCUGAGCUACAACCAUCCAGGAGAGUCAGGAAGGAAGCUUUUGUCUGCUGGACUGGAGGAUCCCCGCUGGAGACUGGACACUCUCAGGGUGGAGCCUGCUGGACAACGAUGGUUGACACCAGGUCUGAGGAAGUAUUCCUGUCAACUCACCAUCGACACAAACACAGUCAACAACAACAUCAAACUGUCUGACAACAACAGGAAGAUGAUGUUUGUGAAGGAGGAUCAGUCAUAUCCUGAUCAUCCAGACAGGUUUGAUUACUGGCGUCAACUGCUGUGUAGAGAAGUUCUGACGGGUCGCUGUUACUGGGAGGUCCAGUGGAGCGGAGAUGUUUCUGUAUCAGUGAGUUACAGAAGAAUCAGCAGGAAAGGAGGCUCUGUUGACUGUUUGUUUGGAAGGAACAAUCAUUCCUGGAGGCUGGACUGUUAUGAUGAUGGUCUGUACAAUGUCUGUUACAAUAAGAGAGUAACAACUUCCUCCUCCUCUUCCUCAGUCUCUGACAGAGUAGCAGUGUAUGUGGACGUUCCUGCUGGAACUCUGUCCUUCUACAGCGUCUCCUCUGACAGACUGUUCCACCUCCACACCUUCAACACCACAUUCACUAAACCUCUCUAUCCUGGAUUCUGGUUCCGGCCUGGUUCUGGUUCUUCAGUGUCUCUGUGUUGAGUUCAGUCUCCAGAGUCUCCUCCUGUCAGAGAAACUGUCUCUGUUGAACAGAUAGUUGAGUCUGUACAUCUGUCUCUGUUUCCACCAGAACACCUAAAUCACAUGUUGCUGAAACUGUUCUGAAUGAUUCCUUGGAAACUUCUUCCUCUUCCGGUCCUCUAAAGGUGGAAGCUGCCUUUAUUCCAGGAUCCACAUGUUGUUCUUCCGUCUGUUUCCAGUCAGAGCUUCACGGUGAACAGCAGCAUGUUGUUUCUCUGCAGCUCAGUUCAGCUGAGAUCAUUCACUUCAUGUCAGCUGCAGUUAGUUUGCCGGGGGUCGGCCUUGUUGAUUUUAAAUGUACUACCAUGAUUUUUAUGUACAUUUGUCAGUAGAAGGAGAAAUCAACAACAAUAAUUUGCUUCUAUGGUUCCUAGACUGUAGAAGAAGAACUGGACAACCCUCCAUGAAGUCAUCUGUAAUGUUGUUUUCAGCUCUGAUUUUCUCACCUGAUUAUUCAGGGAGUCAAGAAAACUGUUUGGAAAUAAGAUAUUUUUAUUGCAACCACAGAUUUUAUGGUCCAUCGUCCACUGGAUCACAUUUCUACCAAAUCUAUAUUUCUGCAGAUACCAAAUAUAAUCAGCUGUUUUCCUCCAUCAAAAGCUGUUUCAGCAUCUAGAGUGCAGACUGCAGCUCAGGGAGGUAGUGUUGUCGAUUACUGAACAAUAUUAAAGUUUUUUAUGAUGUCAUCA